CUGCGAGUGCGUGCGGAGAAGGCGGAGCCUACGAGGCCUGGCUCGGCAGGUGUGUGCGUCUGUGUGUGUGUGUGGAGGAGGGGGGGGAGGGCGUCGAUGGCGGCGGCGGCGACGUCGGUGCUCCUGUCCGCCUUGGCUACCCGGCUUUCCCAGUCGGCCACCGCCCGCACCUACGGGAUCUUUUGCAAAGGGCUGACGCGGACCCUCCUCAUCUUCUUCGACUUGGCUUGGAAGCUCCGCAUCAAUUUCCCCUACCUGUACCUCGUGGCUUCGAUGAUGUUCAACGUCAGGUUACAGGUUCAUAUUGAGAUUCAUUAAAUCAUGUCUUAUGUUGCAACCAGAAAACAUUCCACCAUUUGCUUUGGAUUACUACAAUGCAGAGCUUUGAGGACAGGGAAAUGAUGCCUUUCUCUUUUACCUGUAUGGCCCCGGAAGAUUUGGGACACCAUCAUCUGCAGCAAAGGACUAACCUAAAUCAGCAUAAGGAGAUCCUUCAUUUUCUAAGGGUCCUUUCCUUAGUGAAGAGCUCUCAUAUGGGUAAUCAUCACUUGCAAAAGGAAUCUUUGUCUCUCAAAAUUGGGUGCUGCCAAUUUCAAGCCAUCCCACUGCCUGAUAUUGGUGAAAAAGUCUCACCACAUUGGAGCAAAGUGACAAGAAGAGUCAUCUCAUCCAAGGAGUCACUUGGUUUACUAGAGAAAGAUCUCCUGAAGGUCUUUAGUCCCUUCAGUAGUACUAUAAUAACUGGUUGGUUAGAGAGAGCUCAGGACUUCAUUAGUGAACCAAACAGGUGGAGAACACUUUAUACACUUUGCACGUUUUUUGACUGUAAGAGCCCCAGCAUAACCAGAAGCAACAACUGUUAGAACUGGAAUUAAGGGUUGAUGAUGAAAUGCACCUUGCGUUAUGUGAGAUGUUGAUUUGCAAGGAAAUUCAGUCUUCAGAUCUGAAAUCCAGCCUGGCUGCUGCAUUGGUUGAACAUCUAGUGUGGCUUAUCGGUGACCAGCAUCUGUUUCUCUGACCUCAUGUCUUCACCCAGUAACUUUGAAUAUACAGAAAUAUUUUCCAGUGUAAAAUAUCCAAGGAAGCAUCGUCAGAUAUCUCAGUGGUUGCUAGCUAUAUGAGCAUUAGCACCUCACAUCUAUGUCAUGUAAUAGUAAAUAUAAAAAAAAGCAGAGUUUGGAAAUGGUAGUGAUUACUGAAUCUGAAUCUGCUUAUUGAAUCUUCCUCACUUGUUAUUUUUAACAUUUUUCAGAAGCUGAAUACUGGGGUGGUUUUAUAAUACUCUGGACAACCCAAAUUUAACAGCAUUAGGGAGCUAAACUCGCCCAUGGGCCAUCAAAUUGAUUCAAUACAACAUUCUGGAAUCCAUUUUGCUAUCACUUCUGUGUUAAUACCAGCAUAUUACUGAUAGGGUUGAAUUUGAACAGUAUAUGCCUGUGGGUUGUUGCCAUACGAUGCAAGAGCAAACAUUUUUCAGCUUUUACUAUAUAUUGCACAGGUGUCAAACUUGCGGCAUCACCUUGCUGUCACGUGACAUUUCUCCCCUUCAUGGAGCUGGAGUGAGUGUGGCCUGCACGUGACAUAUCUGGCCCACGGGCCACCAGUUUGACAGUCCUGAUGUAUUGCAUUCCUACCAUGCAUAUGGAGUGGGGGAAGUUUUUCCACUUAACAUUUCCUACAGCAUUUCUAAGCUCACCAGAAGCAUAUUACAUAUGAGGCAAGUUUUAAAGGAAAUAAAAGAAGUGGAAAUGUUACGAAUUUUAGUUUAAACCUGGUCCAGCAAUCCUCAUUCUCUCGGGUGCAAUGACAUGCUGGUUUGGGAGAUGGGAGUCCAGUCAAACAUACCAAGCAGGUGAUCUGAAUUGAGGGAUGCUGGUUUAGAUGCUGCAGCAUUUUCAGCUGGCCUUUAGGCAAUGCAAAACACCCUCAAGAUAUGGUUUGUAAUGUCCUGAAGGCCUAAUCAAGUAGCCUUCUCUAAAAUGAUAGUUGGCUGUAUCCAAGUGUAUAAGGAUAGGCUAUGAUGCCUUUUUUAGGUACUGUUACAGGAUUUAAUAAAGAAUUGUUACGCAUGAGGCAAAUAUUUUAGAGUCAAAAGCCAAAGACCAGGUUUCUAUUGUAUGAAAGGAUGAAUAAAUAAAGAUCAUUUUCCCAAUAUACCUUCUGAUGAUGAGGGAUAUAGUUUCUCCUAUAGAAUAUUAUAGUCUAAAAUAUAUUUACAGUAGCAUCAGUGCUUAAAACUGUGUAGGUAUUUCCAGCUACCAAAACUUCAGAAUUUGGAAGUGCAUCCUGCAGGAUCUAUGCAUCAUAAAACAUUGUAGGUGUGCGGUAGUGUUUGCAGUUGUCCUGCUAUCUUGUAGCAGAACAUUAUUAUCCUUUAAAGAUUCACCACUAUUAUGCAGGUGUUCUUGAGACUUUGUGUGUAGCUGAUAAAGUGGCUUAUGUGCAAAAGUGUGCGUGAUAAAUUAUUUUAUAAGAUAAUCCAGAACUCUAUACUGCAAAGCUAAGGUUAGCUCUUUUCCCUCAAUAGGUUGCGGUGAAUAUCCAUUUUAAAUGGCAAUGCAAUGAAAUACAUUAGAGAGGUUAGGAUUCCAGGGAACAAUGUUCUUCUUUCAAGCCAAGGGGACAAGAUUCAACCUAGUUCUUAAACAAUACAAUUCUUGAAUAUUUCAAGUUUCCUAUUUUUAUAAUCUUCCACAAGCUUACUGAGGUUGUUUGUGCCCUUCUGAUAUUUUCCACAUGUGACUAAUAUAUAUGUAUAACCUCCUAAUGUGUUUUAAAAAAGGAUUUCGAUGAGAAAGCUAACGCAACUCUUUUAAUCAAGUUCCCUACUUGCCUUGUGUGGAACACCUAAAGAAUUCAAACAUUCCAGCAGAACAGAAGUACAUUUGGAUUUUGCAGUCCAUACCAAGAUGUACCACAGCUUUUUGUAGCUUGAUAAAAUUAAGAUUUGCAUUCAGCCUGGUACUCUGCCAUUUGUUUCAUAUUUUCUGUUGGCAAAAUUAACAUGCUGACAAGCCAGAACCCAGAGAUCUUGACUGAUAACAAAUCAUGCUUAAAAAAAUAUCUGCAAGAUUAUGGCGAUUCUGAUUUAAAUGUAACUAUUGCCUAUGUAAAAAUCCCCCAAAGUCUGAAAAAGCUUCUAUUUAUACAUUUCAAGGAUGAAGUUGAAAUUGCCUGAAGAUCCCCAUCCAUCAUUCUGGACUUUGAAUUGGACCGUAUCUUCCUUUUAGUAAAGUCUGCACUUUAUUCUGAAAGAGGGACUUUUUUUCAGAUGUUUUUUGCACUAAAGAAUUAUUUCAUCAACAAGCUGAUACAGACAUUUUAGAAAUACUUUGUUAGGAACUGGGUAGGCAGCAGUGCAUACAAAGAAGGCCUUGUUUUUGCAAAAGUCUAAAGUGGUAUAACACUUGGACUAUAAAUGACUUUUGCUGCAUCCCUGUGCAAAUAUUAUUGUGUGUUUUGGUACCGAACUAAAUACAUUGGGCUAUAAGGCCACUACUUCUAGCCCUUAGCCCUUAAAACAGCAUGAUAUGAAUGGUGUAAGAAAUAUUUUGUCUUGUUCUAGUCUUAUAUAGCAAACAAAAUAUCACUGGCAGGGACUAAGAUUGAUUACUGUCCAUAUGUGGAUGUUUAUAUUUUGUGACAUCUGUUUCUUUUUAGAAGAGUUGAUGUACCAAAGGUAUUGGCAUUUGAAUUUAAGGAAUACAACUCAUUACAAUCUCGCCUUGUUUUAAAUGUUAGUUCUAAAAGACAUUGGCCAGUACUCAGCUGUCUUCUGAACAGCCACUGAGGUCCUGUUCAGCUGCUGGACAAUAUUACAGUGAAGUGGUUGAAGACAUGCAAAAAGGUUCACAUUUACUGAUUCUCUUUAGCAGUACUUUUAAAAAACUUUUAAAAUAUCACAUUUAAAUUAAAGGAUUGAUGCAAGUGC